UUCCUGAGGAGAAUGAAGCAGGAGGAGCUGGCUGAGCGUCUGCAGAGAACAUUUGCUGCAAAGUGUCGACGUAAACUCAAGUCUAACCUGCAGAAGAAGUUCCAGUGUCUGUUUGAGGGGAUCGCUAAAGCAGGAAACCCAACCCUUCUGAAUCAGAUCUACACACCGCUCUACAUCACAGAGGGAGGGACUGCAGAGGUCAAUGAUGAACAUGAGGUCAGACAGAUUGAAACAGCAUCCAGGAAAUCAGUCAGACCAGAAACAACAAUCAGACAAGAAGACAUCUUUAAAGCCUCACCUGGAAGAGAUGAACCAAUCAGAACAGUGAUGACAAAGGGGGUGGCUGGCAUUGGGAAAACAGUCUUAACACAGAAGUUCACUCUGGACUGGGCUGAAGACAAAGCCAACCAGAACAUACACUUCACAUUUCCAUUCACUUUCAGAGAGCUGAAUGGGCUGAAAGAGAAAAAGUACAGCUUGGUGGAACUUGUUCAUCACUUCUUUACUGAAAGUGAAGAAGCAGGAAUCUGCAGGUUUGAAGAGUUCCAGGUUGUGUUCAUCUUUGACGGUCUGGAUGAGUGUCGACUUCCUCUGGACUUCCACAACACUGAGAUCCUGACUGAUGUUACAGAGUCCACCUCAGUGGAUGUGCUUCUGACAAACCUCAUCAGGGGGAAACUGCUUCCCUCUGCUCGCCUCUGGAUAACCACACGACCUGCAGCAGCCAAUCAGAUCCCUCCUGAGUGUGUCGGUAUGGUGACAGAGGUCAGAGGGUUCACUGACCCACAGAAGGAGGAGUACUUCAGGAAGAGAUUCAGAGAUGGGGAGCAGGCCAACACCAUCAUCUCCCACAUCAAGACAUCACGAAGCCUCCACAUCAUGUGCCACAUCCCAGUCUUCUGCUGGAUCACUGCUACAGUUCUGGAGGAUGUGUUGAAAAGCAGAGAGGGAGGAGAGCUGCCCAAGACCCUGACUGAGAUGUACAUCCACUUCCUGGUGCUUCAGGCCAAACUGAAGAACAUCAAGUAUGAUGGAGGAGCUGAGACAGAUCCACACUGGAGUCCAGAGAAUAGGAAGAUGAUUGAGUCUCUGGGAAAACUGGCUUUUGAGCAGCUGCAGAAAGGCAACCUGAUCUUCUAUGAAUCAGACCUGACGGAGUGUGGCAUUGAUAUCAGAGCAGCCUCAGUGUGCUCAGGAGUGUUCACACAGGUCUUUAAAGAGGAGAGAGGGCUGUACCAGGACAAGGUGUUCUGCUUUGUACAUCUGAGUUUUCAGGAGUUUCUGGCUGCUCUUCAUGUCCAUCUGACAUUCACCAAGUCUGGAGUCAAUCUGCUGGCAGACGAACAAAAAACAUCGCAGACAUCCUGGUGGUGGUUUGAAGUGAUAACAUCAUGGUGGUCUAAAUUGUUUGGAGGCAAAUCAACACGUUUCUACCAGAGAGCUGUGGACGAGGCCUUAAAGAGUCCAAAUGGACACCUGGACUUGUUCCUCCGCUUUCUCCUGGGUCUUUCACUGCAGACCAAUCAGACUCUCCUACGAGGUCUGCUGACACAGACAGGAAGUAGCUCACAGUCCAAUCAGGAAACAGUCGAGUACAUCAAGAAGAAAAUCAGUGAGAAUGUGUCUGCAGAGAGAAGCAUCAAUCUGUUCCACUGUCUGAAUGAACUGAAUGAUCAUUCUUUAGAGGAAGAGAUCCAACAGUACCUGAGAUCAGGAAGUCUCUCUGCAGUUAAACUGUCUCCUGCUCAGUGGUCAGCUCUGGUCUUCAUCUUACUGUCAUCAGAAAAAGAUCUGGACGUGUUUGACCUGAAGAAAUACUCUGCUUCAGAGGAGGUUCUUCUGAGGCUGCUGGAAGUGGUCAAAGCUUCAAGUAAAGCCUUGCUGAGUGACUGUAACCUCUCAGAGAAAAGCUGUGCAGCUCUGUCCUCAGUUCUCAGCUCCCAGUCCUCUAGUCUGAGAGAGCUGGACUUUAGUGGCAACAACCUGCAGGAUUCAGGAGUUAAGCAGCUUUCUGCUGGACUGGAGAGUCCACACUGUACACUGGUAAUUCUCAGGCUGAGUGGCUGUAACCUCUCAGAGAGAAGCUGUGCAGCUCUGUCCUCAGUUCUCAGCUCCCAGUCCUCUAGUCUGAGAGAUCUGGACCUGAGUAACAACAACCUGCAGGAUUCAGGAGUGAAGCAGCUUUCUGCUGGACUGGAGAGUACAACCUGUGAACUGGAAACUCUCAGGUUGAGUGGCUGUAACCUCUCAGGGAGAAGCUGUGCAGCUCUGUCCUCAGUUCUCAGCUCCCAGUCCUCUCGUCUGAGAGAUUUGGACCUGAGUAACAACAACCUGCAGGAUUCAGGAGUGAAGCAGCUUUCUGCUGGACUGGAGAUUACAAACUGUGAACUGGAAACUCUCAGGCUGAGUGGCUGUAACCUCUCAGAGAGAAGCUGUGCAGCUCUGUCCUCAGUUCUCAGCUCCCAGUCCUCUAGUCUGAGAGAUCUGGACCUGAGUAACAACAACCUGCAGGAUUCAGGAGUGAAGCAGCUUUCUGCUGGACUGGAGAGUACAACCUGUGAACUGGAAACUCUCAGGCUGAGUGACUGUAACCUCUCAGAGAAAAGCUGUGCAGCUCUGUCCUCAGUUCUCAGCUCCCAGUCCUCUAGUCUGAGAGAGCUGGACUUUAGUGGCAACAACCUGCAGGAUUCAGGAGUUAAGCAGCUUUCUGCUGGACUGGAGAGUCCACACUGUACACUGGUAAUUCUCAGGCUGUCAGGAUGUCUGAUCACAGAGGAAGGCUGUGCUUCUCUGGCCUCAGCUCUGAGCUCCAAUCCAUCCCCUCUAAAAGAGCUGGACCUGAGUGACAACAACCUGCAGGAUUCAGGAGUCAAGCAGCUUUCUGCUGGACUGGAGAGUCCACACUGUUCACUGCAAGCUCUCAGGCUGAGUGGCUGUAACCUCUCAGAGAGAAGCUGUGCAGCUCUGUCCUCAGUUCUCAGCUCCCAGUCCUCCCAUCUGAGAGAGCUGGACCUGAGUAACAACAACCUGCAGGAUUCAGGAGUGAAGCAGCUUUCUGCUGGACUGGAGAGUACAACCUGUGAACUGGAAACUCUCAGUCUGUCAGGAUGUCUGAUCACAGAGGAAGGUUGUGCUUCUCUGGCCUCAGCCCUGAGCUGCAACCCCUCCCAUCUGAGAGAGCUGGACCUGAGCUACAAUCAUCCAGGAGACUCAGGAGAGAAGUUACUGUCUGUUGGACUGGAGGAUCCAUACUGGAGACUGGACACUCUCAGGGUGGACCAUGGUGGAGAGCACAGGUUAAAACCUGGUGUGAAGAAGUAUUUCUGUGAACUCACACUGGACACAAACACAGCACACAGAGAACUCAAACUGUCUGAUAACAACAGGAAGGUGACACGUGUGAAGGAGGAUCAGUCAUAUCCUGAUCAUCCAGACAGAUUUGACUGGUGGUCUCAGCUGCUGUGUAGUAAUGGUCUGACUGGUCGCUGUUACUGGGAGGUCGAGAGGAGAGGAAGAGUUGAUAUAUCAGUGAGUUACAGAGGAAUCAGCAGGAGAGGAAAGAGUAAAGACUGUUUGUUUGGAUGGAACGAUCAGUCCUGGAGACUGACAUGCUCUGAUGAUGGUCGUUACUCUGUCUGGCACAAUAAGAGAGAAACAUCCAUCUCCUCCCCGUCCACCUCCAUCUCCUCCUUCCCCUAUUUACCCACCUCCUCCUCCUCCUCUGUCUCUAACAGAGUAGCAGUGUAUGUGGACUGUCCUGCUGGCACUCUGUCCUUCUACAGAGUCUCCUCUGACACACUGAUCCACCUCCACACCUUCAACACCACAUUCACUGGACCUCUAUAUGCUGGGUUUGGGUUUAAGUCUGGUUCCUCAGUGUCUCUGUGUCCUCUGUCUGAGUGAGAGUCUCUUCCUGUGUGUGAAGAUGUAAAUAAAUAACUUUGAGAAGUUUGAGUAACAUUAUUUUCAUUGCUGGUUAAAAUUCAAGCAGAAGCAAACACAACGAGCUUCUGUAACAUUGAUCUGAUUAUUAAAAUAAAAACCAGUUUGA